CACUAUUUGAAUGGACAAUAAGAGUGGGUUGUUUGUAUUUUUAUUUAGUAGCUGCGGGUGUGGGUAAUUAUGAUCACAUUUUCUCACUUAUUACUUGGUACUUUCGUCUUAAUAUAAAAAUACUAUUUUAUAGUUUACUGCGUGCAUCUGACCCUGAAGAUGGCAUUUUCGGCUGAUCCAGACCACUGUCCAGGUCAACGAAUUAAAUGUUACAGUUGUAAUUCUGUUGAAGACAAUCACUGUAAUGAUCCAUUUUUUCGACAACCACAACAGACCAAAUCAUUCCCUUUAAUAGAUUGUAAUGAUUAUUGUUUUAAAUGGGCUUUUCAAGGUCCAGAUGGACAGAAACAUUUAAUAAGAAAUUGUUCAACAAGUUUAAAUAUGAAAAUGGAGAAAUAUUUAGUUUGUAUAGCUGAAUCACGAUCAUCCAUUGGUCAUUUAUGUUUUUGUAAUAAAGAUAAAUGUAAUUCAGCUAAUUCAAUUAGAAAACAAUUUCAUUAUACAUAUUAUAUUGUUUUAAUAAAUUUAAUUCAAUUAUUUUAUCAUUAUCGAUAUAUACUACUUAUAUUACCUGUAUUGUAUUAUUAAUAAGUAUAGUGUAUUUAUUCAUAUCUAUAACUGUAGUUAUUUAUACUAAACUUGUAUAGAAAAAUUUAUGUAUAGAUUUCUAUGAACUUUGUAUAUUUCUGUCUACAUAUAAUCCUGAGAUUGUUACGUACUUACUUACUUACUUACUUACUUAGACCUGUUACACCUCAUGAAGGAGCAUAAGCCGCCUACCAGGAUUCACUGAUCAAACUCUAUCCUGAACAAUUCUUCCCGAUUGUUAUUGAUUUUUUUUUUAAAUGUCUGUUUCAAAAUUCCCGAUAGCUGAGAUUGUUAAACUAUGAGAGUAUUCAAUAACAAGAAGAAAAAAAAACAACAACAGAAUAAUAAACUAAUAUAGAUCAUAAUCAUAAUGGAAUCAGUUCACAAUGUAUUCAAUUCAAUCAUAUAUACAAUAACAUAUUUAUAUACAUAUAUGUAUAUUUCCUUCUUUUUUUUGUAUAUUGAAUUAACAAUUCAAUGAAAAUGAAUAAUUAGUUUAUUACAUUCAAUAUAAAUGAUCAACAAUUUCUUUUCAUAAAAAGGGAAGCAUUUGGAAAGAAUUUGUCUUAUGUAACAGGAAAAGAAGAAUACAUUUAAGUUAGUUGAUGAUCACUAUUAUUUUCGUUGUUCUUUUUAUUUAUUUAUUUUUUAUUGUAAAGGGAAAUAAUUACGAGAGAGAGAGAGAGAGAAAACCAUUUUAAUAGAUAAUACAAUUUGCAUUUAGAGUAUUUAUUAUUGUUAUUAUUAUGUUUUUUCUUGUGUAUCUAUAAAGAAAACUUUUGUGUUAUUUAUUAACAAAUCUUUGAUUUUACUUACGUCUGUUACUCCCAGUGGAGGAUAGGUCAUUGACCAAUUAUUGUUCAUUCUUCUCAUGCAUGUUUCCAUUUCUUGGUGUAAUGUGUUCGUUGGUCUUCCUCUUCUCCUUUGAACUUGAGAAUUACAAGUGAGUGUUUAUCUUGUGACGCAGUUGGGUACUUUAUUUACUGUUCUUUAACCGACCUGUCUGGCAUGGUAGGACAUCGAAGAACGAUUGUUCUAGCCAAUAUAGUUCGAUUUGUUCAUUACGAUAGGCAAGCCCGACCACCAUGUUAGAGUAGAAACAA